AUGCCCUCCACCACCGCCAUCAGUGAUGACGACUACGACGAGAUAGCCAGCUACAUUCGUCAGGAGCGACCUAGAAGUUUAACCAAGGAAGAAAGUCUUGACAUACUGCGACUUAAUGCCGAACUUCGCCGUGACGGUCAAAUGCAAGUGUCUUCUACCAUCGGCCGCCUGCUAGGUCGAAGCCAAAAGGUUGUAAAGGAAAUUUGGUCUCAGUACUUACGAUCAAAAAACGUUUUGGCUGUUCCACCCCCGUCCAACCAAGUACAACGCACCACACGCAUCCCACAUACACAUGCUGUGACGUCUAUUGUGCGUGAAUUUAUUCCAACACGGAGCGUUACUCGUGUCCGCACUGUCGCGAAUGAUGUCAUGGCGUUGUUGCUGGAAGCCAAGAUCAUUCACUACGAUGUCAAUUGCAAACCUGAGGCCGUCAACUGCCUUCGACGUGUCCAACAAUUCCUCUUGAAGCUCGGAUUCAAGCGGGGGAAGCGUCGGGGUCACGCUGCAUAUGCCAUGUCAAGUGCCCAUGCAACAGCUCGUGACGUGUGUGUUCAACACAUGAUGCAAUUGGCUCCUGCGACACCUGUGGUGUACUUGGAUGAGAGCUACAUUCAUCAUCACUACGCAGGCCACCACGAUUCCCUGUACGACCCCACGACAAUGGCCCCACCAAAGAAAUGCAUAAAGGUCGCCGUGUCCAUGGCGCGGGCCCGAGGACACGAUGUGGUUUUCACACCACCACAUCAUUCGGAUCUUCAACCUAUUGAAAUGGUGUCGGCCAAAGUCAAAGGCGACGUUGGAGUUCAAUAUACCGUGGAUACGACGUUUGCGGAUGUGCGGUCGCGUCUGGACGCCGCGUUUGUCAGCCUACCCUCGGAUGUCGUUUGGAAUUGCGUUCGGCACUGUAACAAGCUUCUACAAGAGACGUAUGAGUUGUUACUUGCCAAUGAUGACGAGGUAGAAGAUGGUAUGUCGUCGGACGACGCAUCCGAAGAUAGUAGUGACAGUGACUCAGACUAG